AUGCUAUCGCAUCAUCGACUUUUCGAUCCGAACAACCCUGGAUACCAAGAAAACUUCGACCCUGCAGAAGCUGAUCCAAGUGGUCAAAUCACCUGCCAAGGACCGCCGCCUUCAUUCAGGAUACCUGUGAUCUCUGGACUGACCAGCGAUCCAGCAUCUUGGACAUUGCAAGAAAUCUGCGCAAAGCCACAGUAUGGUGGCAGAGGCCAACACCAGCACGCUGGAGGGUUCUGUCUCCACUAUGCAACACCGGAAGAACGUCCCCGUGUGGCGUUCGACGAGUCGGUUCAUGCGCUGACUUCACAAAUAUUGCAAACUCCAAGAGUCUUGACUUACUGCUUACUACGAUGUUUUUGCACCAAUGGCCUUAAUCGUCAGGAUGCCUACUUACAAAUUGAGCCCAUUGAUGCUCCUGGGCAUUUGGUGAGAUAUGUGUCGCUCGACCGAGAUCUAGUUAGCGGACUCGGCAUUGGCGGUGACCUUACACCAGGUCUCGAUGAUGAAGUGCCUGCAUAUGUAAUGAUUCUUUACACACAGCUCGCUGCCCAGCAAUAUCAGGCAACACAUAAUGGUGCGUUGGUUGAUCAUCACGCACUCGAUCUUCUCUUUGUAGCUUUUCGACCAGACAAUAGGGUGCGAUGCGAGGGCACUGUCCCUCGUAUCUCUUUGACACUUUAUGAUCGGCGUGGCCCAAGCUAUGGUACUUUGAAUUGGCGAUGGUCACCGACUUUGAACAUACAAAAGCUGUGUGCCAACGCCCUCUCUGAUGGAACACAUGUCUUGAAUGCUGGCGCGUAUUGUCAUCGCAUGCCCGAUGGGACAAAGAAAGUGUGGUUUAGCGAUGAUAUUACACCCAACCUUGGAUUGACUUGGCAGAACUUUGCUCAAUCACUCACAGUACGGACCUUUUGCUUUUCAAUGUGCUAUUGCGAACCAGGGGAGAAGGACCCAGACGAGGAUAUCCGUGAUCAGCACGUCACGAUACCCGGGAUUUUCCAGUUCACGCAAAAUAGAGCGGUUGGUAUUGGACCUAAGGGCAACGUUGACAUCCUCAUAAGAGGCCCAGGUGGAGAAAAGUUGAACACUAUUCCCCUUAUGAAACCUGCGGACGGAGGAUCGCAAGUUGCCAAGGGUGCUUGCGAAGGCGACGAUAAACGAUUUUGUCCGUUCGAGGACUGGCCAGAAGAUGUGCUCGGACCCAAACCGACUGUACCAGUGGCAGAUCCGCCACCCAAUGAGGUGGUGCAUCUAGAGCAAUGUGGGAUGGAGUGUGACGAUGACAAUGAUUGCAGCGGCACAUGGGACAGUGGGUGUCGUUGUGUGCCGCCCAAGACUCAACCCAACUACAUACCUUUGAAUCUUAUCUUUCCUGACGUACCUACCUUGGACAGAGGCCAGUGCCUAACAAUGCCCGAGUACAUACUGAGGAGCGCUGCAGCUGCUUAUAUGCCACCAGAGUUUACAGUGUUUGCUCUGGGGCUCACCGCCAAGCCAGGUGCCAAGACUCGUGCCAAGAAACUCGAUUGA